AUGCAUUGGCGUUGUCAUGGGAUUGGAGCUGCGCUGCUUUUGCUCUGUCUGCUCAGUCUCUGCGCAGGCGCGCCGCGCGGCUAUUACUACGACUAUCCGAAGAGGGAGAGACGACAGCCCGCGUACAGGAGCUCUGCGGGCAACAACGACGUCUAUCAGCGGUACCACAGCAAUCUCUAUAAUCGACAGAGCAAAGCGGAUAAGGAGAAUGCCAAGUUUACGGGGCUAGCUAAUCAGGAAUUGGAUGAUCUGAAUGCGGAUGAUAGCGACGCCAAGUCGUUGCUGCUUAAGAAGAAGCUGCGCAACAAACUCCAUUAUGGUGGCUAUGGAAAUCCUUGUCUGCCCUUCGGCCGUAGUGCCAAUGGCAAGCAGGCCGCUGAGGUGGAACAAGGACGCUUUCUGUUCGAUCUGAAUGUGUAUAAUGUGUACCCGGGUGGUGGAGCUUACAACGGUUGUCGUGGAUAUGGGGGUUACGGCGGGGGUGGCCUCCUGGGUGGUGGUGGCCUCCUUGGUGGUGGCGGCGGCUUGUUGUCCGAUCCGGUCGCCCAAGCACCAAUACCGGUAGUGCCGGUGCGUCCCUACGCACCACUGGCCACUUGGCUUUCGCUCUUUGCGCCCGGUCUGCUAAACAGUGCCACCCUUCCCGGCGUGCCUCUGGCCAGUCCCAUACGUCCCACCGUAGCCGGAGAUCCGCAAAGCGAUCCGGCAGUGGAUCCCAACUAUGUAGCCCCAGCGCCUGUGCAGCGACCGGUGCCCAAUCGGGUCUACUACGACUCAGUCGGGGCGGCACCCGUAACGCCCGGACAGCUUGUGGGCGGCAUCAGUCAGACGGUCAAUGGAAUUAUUCAGCAACUGACGGGUCAAGUGCAGCCCGUCUACCAGACUGGUGCCUAUCGGCAGCGCAGCAGCUACGGCUAA